UCGAAACGACUGCUGCUCCUUUGGCAGGAUUCAUGGAUCCGAUCGUCCCACCAGAGCCAAGCCAUCCUGCAACCAACGAUCGACUGAACAUGAGGUCCAAAGGACAGCCGACGGGCCUGUCGGUGCAAUGUACCUCGCUAAAGUCCCACCUCCGCGAGCCAGUCUCUGCGUCUACAAAAGUCAGCUCUGGGGUGACAAAAGCACUGCCCAUGCGAGCAAAGUCGACACCUGAAUCUGCUCCCAAAUCACGCCAGCGAAAGGUCACGCAUCCGACGCAUGCCUCCAAGACCACCUCCGGGUCGAGCACACCCCCUGCUCCAUGGUCAAAACAGUCCCGAUCGCCUGGCUCUGCAAACAGGAAGGGCUCGGUCCAUUCGGCAGACGCGCCCACCACCCCGGCCCAGCACCCGACCAGCAUUAUGGCCGCAAAGGCCGUGCUUGUCAAGUCAGACUCCUCAGACACUCUCGCCGAUCCCCCUGUGCGUCCCGCUGUUGAAUUCAGCCAUCAGCUCGAGGUCUCAGCCAUCGCUAUCCAGAGAUGGUUUCGGGCUCGACUCGAGCUGGGCAAGCUUUGGGCUCGACGCGACAUGCACUUCGAGCCCACCAACUCGUUGAUACCGACAGAAACUGCCGGUGCUGCCGAGAGCGACGAAAGCGACGUGACUCGGAGGCGAUUGGAGAAGGCACGAAAGAUGCGGGAGGAGCUGAUGAGAGAACGGAUCAUAUCGAUCCGACCGGCUGUCUCUGGGAACGCCGCAGACAAAUCGCUCGCCAGCCCAAGGCCAAUAUCUGCUUUAUCAAGUUGCAGAGGGGAUCUCAUGGUUAGCCAAGCUGUGGUGAUCGAGAACGACUCGAUAGCCGAUAUACCGGAUUGCUACACACCUUCGUUUGAAGAUUUUGAAGAAGACGACAACCAAACAAUUGCCGAUGACCAUGAGGGGGUGCACCCUGAGCCUCUGACUGCCGUCGCGCUGGACGAAAUAGUGCCGUCGGCUCAGAGUCCCGCCUCAUGCUUCGAUAGCAGCUCUGUUGAGCCCAUGCCGUCGACCGAACGCCUGACCAGGACGCCUCCUCCGGCGACCGGAUGUAUCGAUACGCCCUCUCCACAAGCCAGGGUUUUGAUUCAUCAAGAAUGCACUCAGACAAUUCGUCCACAGUCUCGACAGGCACAUCAUGCAGGCGGAGCCAGCUGUGUCGAACUCGUUUCCGGAGCCCGGACAGUGUCCAACCAUGCUCAAGCACGUCGCCUCGAUGCAUUGCCGGUGGAGUCGGCCAGCAUCCGGCCAGUGACAGCCGAGAGAGCCACUCGAUUAGUCACAGCGACCGUCGCCAUGCAUGCUGGGUCGUCGAAAACGAGCCCACCGUCAGAUACGGAGACGCACCAAUUAGGUCCUGCCAUCGUCUCACGCAGCGGACCCAUGGGCUCAUCCGUGCCAAGUUGCCACAUCGGCUAUCCACCGCUUUCAUCCGCUCCAGCCACCCGCGCAUCAUCUGCAUCGCUUGUGACGAUGGCUGUGGCCGACAAUUCUCGGCAACGCCUCGCUCCGGAUCCGCACGUAUCUGCGUCGACACUGCCGGCAGCCGGAGCAGCGCCCACGCAAGCAGAUGACACGCAAACAACCCGCAGGAUCGAUCGGAUCAUGAACUUUUUGAAGAAUGUCGAUGAAGUAGACUCGACAACGCCAGCGCGGCCAACGAAGGACAGCGCGGCUCCUGCGUUUCAAGAAUCUCCGGCAGGUUCAGAUGUCUUUCACGGUGUGAAAGCCAAGAUUAUGGGCCAGCAAAUGGAGAUCGAAGAAAAGGCAAGGAUGAUCGCGCUGCUCAAGGAGGAGAUCAAAAAGGCCAAGUCUACCUUGAAUGACAGAGAAGAAGAGCUGUAA